ACAGACCUGGGAGAGCGACAGAAACAGGGCCUGGAGAGAGGAGACACAGACCAGGAAGAGCGACAGAGACAGGGCCUGGAGAGAGGAGAGACAGACCAGGCAGAGUGACAGAGACAGGGUCUGGAGAGAGAGGAGACACAGACUAGGCAGAGCGACAUAGACAGGGCCUGGAGAGAGGAGACACAGACCUGGGAGAGCGACAGAAACAGGGCCUUGAGAGAGGAGACACAGACUAGGCAGAGCGACAGAGACAGGGCCUGGAGAGAGGAGACACAGACCAGGCAGAUUGACAGAGACAGGGCCUGGAGAGAGGAGACACAGACCAGGGAGAGCGACAGAAACAGAGCCUGGAGAGAGGAGGCACAGACCGGAGAAGGAGAGGGAGGGAGAAUACAGCCAGGGGCAAGAUGAGCUAAACCACAGUAAAAAGCCGUGGAGACAGGGAGCGUGAGGGAUUGAGGCUGAGGCCCAGGGACAGAGACAGAAGACCCGUGGGACUGCAGGAGAGACUCUGCGUCUGGACAGAUGGAUGCAAGGAGCAGUGCAAACAGGCAGGGCCUUCCCCCAGCCCUGCCUGCCAAGGUCCACAGGAAUCGUUAUGCUAGAGGCUCCAGCAGCAGCUCCAGUCUUGAUAUGGACACAGAGGGAUCCCCCAGGAGCCCCCUGUCCCCUCCUCUAGCCCUCAGCCUUCGUGAGGAACCCAGCCUCCCUACAGACUGCCACACACACAGCUUCCACAGCUCGUCCAGCCAAUGGCAGGAGAGGAUCCGCGCCGACGCCACCCCGGACCGCCCCCCGCCGUUGCCACGGAAACUCUUCCGCGCGCGGUCCCUCCCCGUGAUGACUGCUCAGCGCCAGUCUCCACAUCCUCCCCGCCCGCCGCAGCCCUGCGACGGCUCGGCCCGCGGUGACCCCUCGGCUGUGCCCUCCCCUUGCGGGCCGAACAACAAGGCCGAGAAGGGCAACAUUAUCUUGCGGGGUAGUUACAGCACCCCCUCGAGCCCCCUGUGUCCCCCAUCAGAGCCAGUUCUGAGCCUGACCUCCCUGAACUUUGACACCCCCGACUACAUGCUCCCCUAUUAUUUCAAGGACCUGUCCAGCCAGGAGCAAGUCUCGUGGACCAUACAGCAACGCCACCUACUGUUUCUCCUGGAGACUGCACAGCGUCUGGAGGCAGAGUUAGUGGGCAGCCCAUUGGAGGAAAGACAACAGGAGGCGGGGCCUAAUGAGAGGGAGGCGGGGUCAUUGCAUCCUGAGGACUUUACUCUGUGUGAGGGAAGACAACCACGCUGUCAGAUAGGGGGCGCUGUUUACUACGCUGUGCGCUGUGCCACAGUACCAGGGAAGGUGUUCGCAGCCAAGGACUGCCUGUGCCUGCGCUACCUCGCUCAGUGCCGCACUGAGGAGGUGCUCUACAGCGCCGCCCUGCUGGGGCUCCUGCUGCCCGCAGGGGAGUAA